UUUAAACCAAAUUUUAAACUUGCAUAUGUAUAAGAUUACAAAAUAGAAGAAAUGCAAUCAAUGAGUAAAAAAUCAUCAAAAAACUUCAAACAGCCGGUACAUUUACCUAUAGACAAAAACAUUAUACAGGCCUCAAGCUGCACAGUGACUGUUUUAUACAUAUAUGCCUGUAUCUGUAUUCACAGUGCACUUUGACUCACCUGGAUGACCUUUACUCAAAAGUGAAACCAGUUCAGUACAUUUAUCAUACAGAAACAGAAACAAAAAAUAAACCUUACCUUACUGCUGAUAAGCUCAGCCUCUCUUUCAUAAUUCCAGUAAAUUUCUACCUGGUGUAUAAGCUCACACCCCUUUUCAACAUCGGAUUAUUCAUUAUCAUCAUUUAACUCAAGAGAAUGAAUGAGGUGUUGUCCGGAGGUCACACAAGCACUGUGCUGUGUGUGGAUGUCAAAAAGGACGGCAGCAACAUCGCUUCAGGAGGUGAGGGAGGACAAAUUUGUCUCUGGUCCACAAGUGGAACUCUGAUCCACAAGUAUGUCAACCUAAACACCGACUGUGGAUCCAUCUGUUUCUCAAAGGAAAAAGAAAAUAUGCUAUACUCAUCAUUUGAUGACAAGAUUUGUGUUUUUGAUCUAAAGAACUUUUCAGAGCCUGUGGAAACAUUCAAUGUGAACCAGGAUGAAGUUAACCAAAUAGUAUUGGACGAAAAAGAGAAGUUUCUUGCGGCUUGUGAUGAUUCAGGUGAAAUAAAAAUUCUUGAUAUUCAGGAAAAGAGACUUUAUAAAACUCUCAGACAUAAACACACCAAUAUAUGUUCGUCUGUGUGUUUUCGACCGAGAAAACCAUGGGAGAUCAUAACUGGGGGUCUAGACUCAAAGCUUAUACACUGGGACUUCUCCCGGCCAAAGUGUUUGAAUCAGUUCAAUAUGCAAGAAAUGCAGAACGGAAACUCAGACGCAGAAGCUUACAUGGUGAAUCCCCCUUUCAUCCAUAAUUUGGCCUCUUCAAGUGAUGGACACUACCUCGCAUGUGCACUAGAAAAUGGACUGGUCUCUCUCUUUGAUACGAGUAGGAAAAACAUACGAGAGCUUUUCAGUCUACAUGCUCAUUCUCAAGGUACCUCUCAAGUUCAUUUCGUCUCUGACUCGUGUCUGGUAUCCGGGGGCAACGACUGCUGUGUUGUACUUUGGGACCUUGAGAAAUCAAAUGACGAGGAAGCAGCUUUAAACGUCAAUGACAGCAAUGGUGCCGGCCCUUUGACCAAUGGUCACACCCAUCCUCAGGAACAGAGGAAUGAAAACGUGUCCAGUGCUUGUAAAGUUCUGGAGAUUCAACAUUCCAGUAAAGUUAACUGGAUGAAACCUUUUGAGAAGAAUGGUGUGAGAAAACUUGCUGUGGCUGAUCAGACCUCAAAUAUCACUAUUCUCUCACUGCAGUAAACAGUAGUAUUAUAUUAUGAUUCAUUCGCUAAAGUGAAUAACAACAUUUUAUAGCGACUCCUACUGCAGUGAACAUAAGAUUUUAUUGUGAAUAUACUCCUAUAGAUAGUGAAGUCAACGGUAACAUUUUAUAGUGAAUAUUUUCUUAUUGCUAUGAACAGUACAGGUAAUAUUUUAUCAUUAUUUCCUUAAACUGUGUGAAAAAAAUAUUUUAUUUUAUUUCUCUUAAUCAGUUAAUGCAGUGAACAGAAAUAUUUUGUCAUGGUAUUACUGCAGCGGACAGGGACAUUUUAUCAUGAUUCUGUCACUACAGUGAACAAUAAGAUUUUAUGGUAAUUCCUUCACUGGAGUAAAUAGGAAUCUUGACCUAGUGCCUUUAUGUGUGCUUGCAAGUUAGACUGUAACAUUGAUGGCACUGGCAGUGAUUUGGGAAGGUUGGAAUUAUGGACCAUCUUAGUUUAGUAACAUUUUAAAAGUCAUGGUAAAUGACAAUUGAGGUUGUUGAUAAAGACAAAUGAUAAUUAAGGUCCCUUGAUAUUGUACAGUGUACUUUUUUAGGAAAAGAUAUUGGGAAAAAGUCUUUUGUGUGACCAAUGAAGUCUUUCUAAUCACUGGCAGUAAUAUAAAAGCCUGAUGUUUAUGUAAGUUUAAUGUAUGCGGGUAUAUAGACAUUAAAACAAUAUAAACGUUUUCAUUUACUUUGAUCGUAAAACUAUUGAAAAUUGCAGUUGGCUUUUGUUGUGGUGUAGUGCCUGUCAUCUGUCUAUUGUCAACUUCAUAUUUAAGGAUCCCUGUACCACUGCUAAAAAGAUAACCAUGCAUUCAAAAUAUACUUUUUGGCAUGACUAUGGUUUCGAUAGAUCACCUUUGAAAAGAAAAAUAUGCUUUGCUUUUUGAAAACAUAUAUAAAUUAACGGAGAUGAUGUAAACAAAAUAUAAUCUACAAACAGGUUCAAAGUGUAAAACUUUCUGUGAAGUGAGACCUGUAUUAGUACCCUGGACUUCAGAUUGUUAUACCAUCAAUCACUGAAACGGAUUGAACUACCUGGUCAAAGUGAAGGGGAGGUUACUGUAUAUAGGAAAAAUGACGGUGCAGUGGAACAAGGAAUCCUUAAAACAUAUACUACACCAGAAUGGCUGAAAAGAUUUUAUCGUAAUUAGGUCUAGAGCUAUUUUGGCAAUAUAUUGUUAUAUAAAUGGAUGGUGACCCUGUGCUACUAUCCCUAUGGGCUGUGCCCAGUGUGGGAAACACUAAAGAUACAUGUAUGUCGAUAAGUCUACUUUGUCUGGGAGCAGCCUUAAACCAAGAGGACUCAAAAUUGUAUACUAGUCAAGAGUUGCCUCCUUUUAAGACAAAGGGGCAGGCCCAAUAGGGGAAAUUUAGGUAAUUCUUUACAGUUAUACUCCUUCAUUUAUUGUAAAGGGAUUGUAGGCUAGCAUAGAGAAAGUUUCUCUGAAGUAUGCCACUCUUUUUGUCAAGGGAACUCAUGUUGUACAUUUUAUGGAGGCACAGUAGUCUAGUGGUAGGACGCCGGGCUCGUGCCUGAAGGGUUGCAUGUUCGAGUCAUGGCACGCAACUGUGUUGUAUCUUUGAGCAAGAUACUUCACUCGUUUGUUCCAGUCUACUCAGCUGUAAAUGAGUAUGUGGUUGG